AUGUCGUCCUCUGCCUCGAGCAGCUUCCCCGCCCCCGUUGGCGGUGCCCCCAUCGCCAUCGACUUUGCACCCUCCAUCGUAUUCGUCUGUCUCUACAUUGCCUGUCUCCCCCUCGCCAUCUCGCGCAUCGCAAACAAGCGUACGCGCACGUUCAUCCUCGUCGGCACGACAGUCCUCUCGCUCGAACGGGUCGUCAACUUUGCGCUGCGCGCCGCCGCCUCGCGCAACCCGGCGGGAUUCGAUACAAAGAACAACAUGGACUACUUCCAGAGCUCGUACGGGACGGGCUACCUCGGGCUCGGGCAGGACGUCAUGAACGUCCUCCGCGCGUACCUCGUAGGGACUACGCGCCCGCGCAGCAUGCGCCCGGCGCCGCCGUGUCGCACCGACACCGAGCAGGCGCAGAAGCCGCUCGCCAAGGCGGACGCAGGCGACGCGGACGCGGUCGCCGCCGGCGCGGGGACGCACGUCCAAGAGCUGUCGGUGUCCGACGCCGCGGACGCGCCCGACGAGCCGCGCCGGCGCGUCGCCCUGCGCGCGCUCUUCGGCGGCGCGAUGCUCCUCUACAUCCUCGCGAUGGUCCUCGUCACGAUCUCGGGCGGGGACUACUGGAACGGCACGCGCAGCGCGGGCGCGGGCGCGCUCGUGCAGUACACCCGGUGCGUGCGCGCCGCCCCGCUUCGGGCUGCCACCGCGGAGAUGCUGGAUGCUGACGGCCGCGCGGUGCAGGGCACGAACGCGGUCGCGAUCUGGGCGUGGCGCACGCGCCCGGCGCGCGUCGGCGCGGGGCGCGUGCUGUUCGUGUCGUUCAUCACCUGCCUGCUCUGCAUCCCCGCGACGUACCGGCUCGUGGUGAUGCAGUACCACUCGAGCGGGCUGCUCUCGACGGGGCCGUCGUCGCUCAACAUGCCGCUGGAGAAAGCAGGGUUCUACGCGCUGCACGAGGCGCCGGCGUGGAUCGCGGUGGUGCUGCUGCUCAGCGUAGAUGUCCGGCGGCGGUUCCACACGGGCCUGAAGGGGGAUCUGAGCAUCUUGCACGACCGGAAGCCCGUUGGGGACGGUGCGAGCUAG